CUCCCUUAAAGGCGGUACAGAUGCUGUGGAUAAACUUCAUCAUGGACCCUCUGGCCGCUCUGGCUCUUGCCACCGACCAGCCGACGGAGUCUCUGCUCAAACAAAAAUCUUGCGGACGCAACAAAACCCUCAUCUCCAGGACCAUGAUGAAGAACAUUCUGGGCCACGCCGUGUACCAGCUUGUCGCUAUUUUUAUCCUGGUCUUUGCUGAUUAUCAUUGUCCAGUUUGGAGGGAAGCUGUUCUCCUGCAAGCCUCUCAGCAUGGAGCAGUGGGCGUGGUGUUUUUCAUCGGUGCAGGGGAGCUGCUGUGGGGACAGGUGAUCUCAACCACGCCAUCGCCCCACCUGGGGUUCCUGAAAGUGCCCAGUCAGACUGAAAGAGAGAGCGAGGUGCACAGGGAGGAACUGACAGAGGGCGCUGAUGGGACGGGGCUGGAGGGAGACCAGGUCCUCUGGCUCAGGGGCCCAAACCGCCGAGGUGACCGGUGGGACAGGCCAGCAACGCCUCCAUCUACAGCUGGGGAACGCUUCGCUGGCACCUUCGGGCUACGGGCAGGGAGAGUAGCCGGAGCUGGGCGUGUGUCCGUCCGCCGUAGCGCUGAGGCGGGCCGCUCAGCGGGAGGGGAGGCGGAGGUCCUUGUGCCGACAGCAGUGCCAGGUCUGGUGGUGGGGAGCUCCGUGGGCUCUGGAUGGUGAUGCCCGUUAUGGCAGGUAGCAGACUCAGCUCCGGUACGACGAUCCAGGGUCGUGCCAGGGCAGUGGAGGCUCCCAGAACGUCUCCGCACAGCCUCCUCUAGGAGCCUCCGGCGUGAAACAGAGGUCGAGGCCCGGGAUGACAGCUGCUGAUCCGGGACUGCAACCGGCGGGGACGCCGAUUCGGCGGUGUGUACAGCCGUCUCGGUGUCCAGCAGCGGAGGGGGAGCCGCCGGGCCAUUGGAGCAGGAAGUCGCUGACACGCCGUUGGCCGCUGGUGCGGAGAAAACUGCUGGCUUUUCUUCAGUCUGUGACAGGGCCAUGAAGCGGUUCGAGAGGGAGAGUGGGGGCGAGACGGCUUUGACUGGGGUCUUCUGCCUGCCCCGGAUCACUACCUCUGUCCACGAUCGCUGGCGGUUGGGUGUAGAGCAGGACGAGGGUCGUGGACAAGCGGGAUCCCAGGGUGCCGUGUCCUGGAAGGCCGCAGAGAGAGAGAGGCAAUCCUCAUGGACUGCUCAUGGGCCACCUCCAUAGUCCUGGCCAGCAGAGCGUCUUUGUCCCUCAGCUC